AGACAGAGCAUUCAAAUCAAGUAUCUCAACUGAAUUACCACACAAAGUUGUGGGAUUUGGCUAUUUUAUGAGACAUUACGUCACAUCUGAAUGAACUCAAUAUCAAACUACAAUUUGAUUUCACUUAGCAUGUCUUAUGCUGACAUAAGCGCUUUCGAACAACAUUGCAGCUCUUCAUUUAGCAGGGGAAGGGGUGCAUCUUUUCAAGUUCUAGCCUCUACAAAAAUACAAGCAGCUUAAUAUGUCUAUCCCAAAGGAUUAAAAAAACGAUCUUAUUUCUGAGACCAAUGAAGGAUUAUUCACUGAAAGAUUUAUCGAUUUUCACAUUUUUAAAGAAUGAAAUAAGUCUUUUCGAAAAUCCAUUAGCGGCUGAUGUGUCAAGAGCCCUGUCAUACCUGUAACUGGAACUGAUUGACUUACAAAGCCAGACGUCCCUUCUUGAUAAAUUUCUAACCAUGCAGACAAUUGAUUUCUACUCUGUGUUGCCUGCAGAAACUUGUCUAAAUCCCCCGAAACAAGAGUUAAGGAUGGUCACCUUGUUUACAAGCACAAACUAUUUCAGUGAUGAAACAGGCGAAACCAAUAUUAUAUCCUCAUAUCACGGACGAGAGUCUGGAUUCAGUGCUCUGACUUUGUGGCUCAUCUAUGCAGCCGGAUAUUCAGAAAACAUUUAAAAAUGGCUGAUGCUCCAACAUCACAGACUAGUGAAAGUAAUAAUGUUGUAUAUGUUUGGAAGUUUCCAAUAGAUAGAACAUUUGUGAAAUCUAUUAAUAGUAUCCUGAAAGUUGCUGCAGCUAUUUUGUCUCUUAUUGCAUUCAUAUGUUCAGCCUCUGGAAGGUCAGAUAACUGUGAUGACUCCUACUCUUCAACAUACAACUACUUUGAAUUUGUGACAAUGUCAGCUUUUAUCACAUUGAUGAUCUUGUGGUUUCUUUAUGCUCUGACACUACAUACCAAGCUGUGUUUCAAGUUGGUGCCAUGGAAGCUUGUGGACCUGGGUUACUUGAUUGUCUAUCUGGUUUUGUAUUUGAUUGCUAACAUUGUCAUCUCUGCUCAGUCAUGUGGCAAAGACAGUAAUAAAGCUGCAGCGGCUUUUGGUUUCUUUGCCUUUUUCUGUUUAUGUGGCCAUGUUUUCUUUGCAUUCCGUGAGUGGAGAGAGUCACGCAGUGAAAGUAGUGCAAAUACAACAAACAAUGCCACAGAAUAUAGCCCAGAUAGAAAUAUAGAGCAUUAUUGAUUUUUGUUACUAUUAUAGAGGUGUAAUGUUGGUUACUUUUUUUAUGAUCAAUUCAACUUGAGUUUGAACUAGCUUUUCCAAAUUUGAUGGUUUUUUUUCUUGUUGGGAAAUGGCAAGGGGGAGGUGGUACAUCUUAAAAGUUUUUUGGUAAUAAUGUUUACAACAUAGGGUUAGUGUUAAGUGUGUUUGGUAUUUUACAUGGAGAUUUUAAGUUUUUCCGAAAUAAAAAGAUAAACUUUGAGAAACUCUUGUCUGAACUAGAACAUCAUUUGAAAUGAAGUCGUGUAGCCUACAUUCGUUUUGUAGACCUCGAUCUACAUGUAUUUAGCAGCAUCAAUUACUGUAUGGUUAAUGUUCUUAGAUUUCUUUGUUUCUGAGACAUGUUAAAUAUAUUUGAUGUGAAGCAAGCUUUUUUUAAAAAAAUAUGUUCAGUAUAUCUUAGAUUGAUAUUUUGAAUAGGUUUAUAAUUUCAUGGUACAUAAUGGUAGAAAUAAAAUUAGUGCAAAGAAAAAUGUUUAUUAUACUGACUUGGUGAGAUUCCCCCUUUUUGUAGCCAUCUGAAUACUUGAAGUAUUCUCUGCAGUGGAUAUUCUUGUUAGUAGAGGAGAGAAGUCAUUUCUGAGAUUUAAUGUUUAAAAAACCCAAACAUUCCAUUGUCAAAUCAAUUCCUUAUAAUUCCUAUUCCAAGUAUAUUAAUUGUACAUGUUUAAAAAAACAAAUUUGUGUGUUUGUCUACAAAUCAAAAAAUGUUCGUGUAAUAUAUAUUAUUUUUUUCACAUUGCAACUAGAAACAUUCCUUUAUUCAAUUUUUUUUGCUGGCAAUAUACUUAAAUUAUCUGAUGUUUUAUACACAAUCAUUGUUUAAAUUACAAGAUGUUUUUACAACUUUUAAACUAAAACAAAACAAAAGAUUGGCCAAAGUAACAACAAUGCACCAUUUUAAAAUGGCAUUCCAUAAUACAUAAUACUACAUUCAUUUGGAUGUUGAGAGUAAAAAAUGAAGAAAGAUUUAAGUUUCCUGAAUUAUUCAUAAAGUCCAGGUCUAGAAAUCAUACAAACAAACAAUGGUAUUAACUAGAUUAACACAUGGAUAUGUAUCACUCGCAAUUUUUGUUUUUGAAGGAAUGUGUAAACUUUACAGUUCAAUACAAAGUGGCACAUUGUUUUUAUGAUAGUAUUAUAGUAAUAUUUGCAAGUAUGUAGAUCAUGGCUUGAUCUUCACUACCUAGCAAACAACUUCUGUAUCAAUUCAUAUAUACAGAACCUGCAAAGUUUUUAAUGGUACAAAAUAUUUAUAGCAUACAUUAUAUGAAGUAUUAUUAUUGGUUUGAAAUCCAACUUGUAACACUCUUAUUUUACAUGUGUAGCAAUUUACAUUAAUCCUUGUAAUGUGUAGUGUGUGUAAGUCUGUUGAGAGGAAAUGAAACCAGUUGAGUUUGAUUGUAAUGUACAUGAAAUCCUAAACUUAUCCAAUAGAUUGAUGAAUGCCCUUAGUAACAUUAGAUUGUGCAUUCUUUUCUAGUAAUAUAUAUUUUUUUGUUAGCUUUGUAAAUUGAUUUUUAUUUUUUUAUUAAUUUAUUGUAUCCUUUCUUUAAAAUUUUCAUUAUUAUUAUUAUGGUAUAUAUAUAUAUAUUUAAAAAAAAUAAUUUUUUAAUUAGUUUACACUUUUUUGUUGUGCACUGAUUUUUGUAAGGAGCCCUAACUACAUAUUAAUGCCUAGCUGCCAAAACCUAUUGUCUAUGUGACAUCAUUUUUCUCAAAGCUUGUUGACUAUUAAAUUUCACUCAAUAAUUCUAUAUAACCAUAGCAGGUGAAGUAAAAAAAUAAAGUAUUUGUGGGGUCAUAUGCAUACCUCUGUUUGACCUCUAAUUUUGGGGUCAUUGUCUAAAUAACUUCAACUUCUUUAAUCAUUCAUUACACUUAACAACUAGAUCUACAAGGUUGGCUGAAUCAGUGCCUAGUGAGUAUUAGGCCUUGUGUAAAAUGAGAAAUCGCAGCACAACCUAGUAUUUUUAUCCUAUUUAGUAAUAUGUCUGAUGGUGUUCUGUUGCUCCUGAACCUCCAGCACUUUGUUUGAAACUUGUUUUAAUUCUUAUCCCUCUUUUCUUAUUUUCAGUUUUCUUGUUUAUAUUAUGAUAGAAGUGACGAAAUAUUAGUAUUGAUUGAUUUCCAUUGUUGUUAUGUACUGACCUUUCUCGUAAAUUUGGAUCUAUUUAUCACUAAUGUGUUAUUAAUAGAACAAAAUUGAACUUUGAUCACAAUGCUAUAGAGAUGUGUUUGCAAUGUGUCCAACUUACAUAAUGAGUUAUUUUUUGUGCUGCAAUCCAAGUUAGUGCAAGAUGACACUAAUAGUUACAAAUAUAUUAUUGUUUUAGGCAACGAUUCCAACUGAAGGCAGCUUGCCUCAAAGCAACUAUUACCAACUGUGAUAAGAAUGACUAGUUCAGCUUGCUCUUUGUUUCAAAUCAGUAUUUGUGUGUAUUUCAGUCAUUCAUGUGAGAUUUUAAUUGGAGUUUUUUUUUAACAAAUAUAUUUAGUCUUAUUUUUUUGCUAGGAUGUGUAUUAUGAAGUUUAGUGUAACAGUUGACAAUUUGUAUACAUUUUUCAUUAUUAGCUAACACUUUCAUAAAUAUUUUUUAAAUAAAGUUGACAACUUUUUAA